AUGUCGAGCAUAGAAUCGGAGAGACGACCUUUUGACAUCGUAGCGCGGAGUGAAGGAGUACGUCCAGACUGCCAGGCAAAUAGUUUCGAUCAUACCAUAAACCAAACGCCCAUUAUGUCCAUGAAUGAUGGCGCAAGGGCGAUGGAGAAUUGCGUACCUCCGGAUCUCUCUAAUAUUUAUGCAUCCGUUGAAGCUUUGGAUAUUCCGAAUGUAUCCACUGAUAAUGGUAUGGUUGAUAUGAACGGAGCGCUAGACCAAAAUCAUGUGGAUGCAGAUCCUACCGCUUUUGAACAAGGGGUAGAAAAGCUAGAAACUGAAACCGAUGAUCGUUUCCUGAAUUGGCUCUAUUGUGAAAAUGAGCAUGCUGAGGAUGACAAUGCUGAAUAUACCCGUGUACUGGAAGAGAUAGAGAGAGAUGCAUGUUAUCCCGUCAAAGUUGAAAGCGACAAUCAAGGGCCUGACUUCAAUAUGGCUGGUGGCCCAUCGUCAAAUUUUGCGGAUGGAUAUCGCAAAGUUGAAUUGGAUCCUUCUCAUCCGUUAUCGUCGGACUGCGUCGUAGGAGAGUAUGCUUCGCUUCCACCAACAAUGCCACCACGGGAACCUGUACCUGAGGGUUACAUUAUGAGUGACUAUGAAUCCGAUCUCGACCUUGAUAUGUUGCCAAUUGGUGAGGAUGAGGAGACCAUGUAUGGACGACUUUUAGAUGUUCUUGUGAGGGAUAUAAAGCUGCUGACUUAUGUAAGUACAUAUUGCAUAGAAAAUUUGCUCAUUUCGGUAUCAUUAUUCCCUUCUGUUUAUAUGAAUAAAUUCAUGCAUUUAAAAUAGCU